AUGUCUGAUUCUGAAUCACUGUCAGAUUUGGAAAAACUGGCACUAUCUUAUAAGACAAGUAUAGAGCAAGUCUACGAGAAUAAAUAUCAAAAUGAAAGCGAUCUAUUAACUGAUAUUUUGCACAAUUUGAUCCCAAAGCUAGGGGCCAAGCAAGCUCACAUUUUCUGUAACCCAAAUUUUCAGUUUGUAGGUGUUUUCUCACUAACGUUAUUCUCAUUUCAGAAUCACCCUGAGGCGAUUCAGUGGUUGCAAGCACGCUUGAAUACUUGUUUGAGCAAUUGCAGGAACUGCAUAACGCAAUUUGUCAAGGGAAAGUCUAAAAUGAUUCAACAUUUUGCAAUUAAUAGACGUAUUGAGCAUGCAAAGGUUGGAAGCUUCAACGAGUUGAUUUGCCAGUGGAGGACGCAAAUGGUAUUGCCAGUUUUACGAUCAUUUGAUGCGAACAAUGUGACUCGUGAAAUUGAACUAGCAAUUUAUGAAGUCUUGAUGAACCCGCAGAUGCUAAGGUGUUCUCCUGAGCUGAAAUACUAUUAUGAUACUGCAUUUAAAGCAUUGUUCGAAAGCAAUCAUGAAUUGCUGAAUUAUAAAAGUAACGAAAAUGACAUAGCGUUAUACCCAGGUUUGUUGUCUUCUUAUAUGGAUGGUAGUAGAGAGCAGUUUCAUUGGGCCCAGAAUUUCCUGCGUUUUCUAUUUGACUCUAAUUAUAGCAUUACUAAUGAUAAUCUGACAAGUGAGUUCCUGGAUGAGGUGAUGUAUCAUUUCAUUUACUUGCAGAUGAAGCAGGGCAAUGUUACUCAUCUUAGUAUCAUAAGGUUAUUUUGGGAUAGAAUGUGUCCUUUUUUUGCAUUAAUGGAUGUCGAAGUAUUGAAAGAGGAAUUUGCUCAGUUGAAAAACGCUAAAUCACUAAGUUCUUCGAUUUCUGUUCCAAUUGACUCGUUGCUUAAGGUCUUUUACCAUCAUUUGAUCAUGCAACUGAGGAACAAGCCAUUGGACAUUCUGUUACGAGUUUUGAAGGUCUUUUUGGAGAAAUUUGGCGGGGAAUUCUGGACCUACGUUCAGCCAUACACUUUUCACAGUGUUCCUGAUAUCCUAUUUAAUGGAGAUUUUACAAACGCUGUUUUAAAUUUGCAGCAUAAGCCAAUAUGCAAAGAAGGGCCCGAGACAUGGCUUCACCUAGAAGGUUCUAUUUCGGAUCUCGUUAUGUGGACGUUACCUUAUUAUAAGUCUUUAUCAAAAAUUUACAAAAUUCAAAUCGUAAGAAAGAUCGCAUUUGGUUUCCUUGGUGUAAUAAGUUCAUCUCCGUUGAUAAAUUCAGUUCCUAAGGGCUUAUUGAUGAAUGCUGCUAUCCUUUUGUUAAACCAGGCGCUGAAAGUGGAAGAAAGCAGCAGGGCUUUGUUAUAUUCUCCAGAGGGUAACUUUGAGACUAUUAUCUUCACAAUUGCGGAUGUAAGAAAUCCACUAAAUAAUGAAUCGACUUUAAAGCUAGUAGUCGAUACGGCCACAAACCCAGCCGCGGUUUAUCCAGGAUUUCCACCAGAAUCAAUUUCUGAUUCAGCGAUGGAUGUUUUGGCAAAUUGUAUCAAUGUCGAUAUUUUAAACAUGUGUGAAACUACAUACAAACUUUACUACGGUAAGGGUGUUGAUAGAAAAACGACCAACGAGGUGAAGGUUAGUAACGCCCUAAUAUCAAGUCUGGUAACAUCUCUUAAUUUUCGAGUUGUGCCUAACGUUUCAAACAAAGUGUCAGCGUUACUUAGUUCCUUACGAAAUGUUAAUGGUUUGCUGGUGCUUAAGAGCAACGACGAAAAGCAUUCAAUAAAUCAAAAUUUGAUGGUUAAAAAAUACAUAGAAAUCAUCAUUUUAUUGAUUGGGAAGUUUUCUGAUAUCUCACCAUCCAUUAUGGGUUCUGUGUUAUCGACAAAGAUGGCCGCUGAAGGGUUCUGGUCGUGUAUCUUUUCACCCGAUAAGGAUUUGUACCAAGAGGCAACUAACUUGCUUUAUGAGACUUUUGAUGUUGAAGGACGUCUAGAAGGUAUUCAGGAUCUGUUUAAUCAUAACCUAACUUACAAUCUGCAAGCUAUUAGUAUGGUCUUGAAUCAGUUGAUAAAAAAUGAGUUUUACGAACCGUGUCCUAGAGCUGUCAGAGUGCUUAUGGAUGUAAUCAAUGUGUUCAUGGAUCCAGUUAGUGGUGUUUUCGCCAACUACAGCUCUUUGAAAACUGCCGAGACGGAUGCAGCAUUUUUCAACUUUUGGACAGAUACAUGGAAGUUCUUAGAUAUGAUAUACCGCGUUACUUUAAAAUGGGCUAGUAAGUACCCUUACGCUGAGUUAGAAAACUUUACCAAGGACACAUUGGAAACUAGCAACCUUUUAUUAAACUCCUACAGGGAAUUUGCAGACAUUAUAACCAAGGGAUCUGAAAACAAUAAUGAUGAUUUAUUUAAGUUUGCCAUGAGUCCAUUUAAGCAUAUGUUAUACUGGUUGAGGUUGAGUGAUGAAGAUUUAUUGGCGUCAUGUGUUACAUUAAUCGUCUCCGCAGCAGAUUUGGCUAAGGAAAAAGACUCUAAGUUUGACGACGCAUUGGUCGCUGAAAUGGCAUGCUAUGCUUGUAAAUCACGAAAGUACUUGAACAAAUUGACUAGUCAACAGUCUAGUGAUUUGCUUUCUAGAGCAAAAUAUUUUAAUGAAAAGCUCACAGAAACCAUCAUCCAAGAAGCAGAGAAGUAUCAUCGAGAAAAGGAACUGUCUAGAAAAGAGUCUUCACCUGACGUUGCGAAGAAACCAGGUGCUCAAAGUGUUACUCAGAUGGCACAACCACAGCAGCGGGUCGAUUAUUUGCAACGUAAGGCCAAUGCAUCAUCGAUCACAAGUAGACCCAAAGUUCAAAGCUCAAUUACUUCAUUCGGUUCUCUAAAGAGGGGAGUGGUUUCUGCGCCACCAUCUAUACCUAUGAAACCACUAUCUAAGAUGGAGCUUGAAAGAAGGAAGUUAAUGGCAGAAAGAGUAUUACAUCCUCCCAGCCAAAAUGUUUUUAAUCCACGUGUAAAAUCAGUCAUUAAAGCUCCAGAAAAUGACGAGCAUAGCGACAGUGAUAAUAGUGAUAUUGAUGAUGCAAGUGAAUUAUUUGCAAUUGCAAAGCCAAAGCAGCGGUUAACUCCUGUGGUGCUUGAUAUAUACGGAAAGGAGAUUAAGCAAACUAAGUCUAAAGUAGAUGUUAAGAAAAUGGAGGAGGAGUAUAUGAGAAAGAGACUUAAUGUAGAUCUUAAUCCAUUUUAUGAUAAAAUCUUACGUUGGGACUAUACAAGAAUUGAUGAAUAUCCCUCUGACACUAGCCUCGAUACAUACUCUGAAGUGGUUGACCAAUUUUCUUCUCCGGAACAAUAUCAGAAGAUUCUGGAGCCAUUGUUACUCUUAGAGUGCUGGCAAGGCCUUUGUUCUGCUCGUGAUCGAGAAUCAUACAAUGCAUUCAAUUUUACAGUAGGAAAUAGGACUGUUGUAUCAGAUUUUUAUGAGGUCUAUUCUUCUAUUAGUAAAAAGGUUGUCAAAGAAGCUAAUAUUAAUGAGGCGGACUUAAUUGUUUUAGGUUACUUUCCUGAUUUACGUCCAAAUAAAACAUUGACUAACGACGAUUUCAAGAAAGCGCAGCAUACAUGCUUGGCGAAAAUUAGAAGCAUGAAGAAUGCGAAGGGUGAUACAAUGGAUCUCACAAUUAGGAUUCAUCGUACCCAUAAGUUUUCCAACUUUUUAACCCUAAGAACAGAGAUCCAUGCUGUUAAGGUUAUGCAAAUGACCACAGUAGAAAGAGAGUAUACCUCUUUGAAGGGUCUACCGUACUAUGAUCUCCUAACGCAAAUAUUAAAGGCCAAACCCAGCGCAGAAGAAGACAUUGAUGAAGUCGAAGUCGAGAAGGUUGGUAAAACCUAUAACUUGAACACUUCUCAGGCUCGAGCUGUUAUUAGUACUGUGAGGAAGAAAGGCUUUUCACUGGUUCAAGGUCCUCCAGGUACUGGUAAAACUAACACAAUCUUAAGUAUUGUUGGCUGUUUCUUGUCACUGUCCAAAUCGCUACCUAGUAAUGUUAUCAAAAAUCCUACAGAAUCAAAUACUGCUUCCACGGAGCAAUUGCUACAAAAACAGAAAGUUUUAAUCUGUGCGCCUAGUAAUGCAGCCGUUGAUGAGCUUGUAUUGAGAUUACGGGAAGGCCUCAUUGAAUACAAUGGAAAACCUUUUAAGCCUAAACUAGUGCGUGUGGGAAGAUCUGAUGCAGUGAAUGCUGCUAUAAAGGAUCUAACUUUAGAAGAAUUAGUUGAAAAGAAGUCAGCUAACAAAGCUUUCGAAAUAUCUCAGGAUCCAGCCCUAGAUCAAAAUUUUCACGCCGCUGUAGCUGAACGUAGAAAACUGAGGGAUAUAAUGAGCAAGGAAGAUGGUUCGCCAGUUAGCAAAUUGUCCACUGAAGAAAUUUCUAAAAUUCAAUUAAAGUUAAGAGAGUUAACGAAAACUAUUAACGAUCUUGGGAAGCAGCGUGAUGAAUUGAGGGAGAAAAACUCUGUUAACUAUAGAAACCGAGAACUGAACAGGAGGAAGGCACAGGCCCGUAUUUUAGCAGAAAGCGAAGUUAUAUGCUCUACUCUGUCUGGUUCAGCACACGAUGUGUUAGCCUCGCUGGGCGUUAAGUUUGAUACUGUUAUUAUUGAUGAGGCAUGUCAAUGUACCGAACUAUCGAGUAUAAUUCCAUUGAGAUAUGGGGGUAAACGUUGUAUUAUGGUUGGUGAUCCUAACCAACUCCCUCCUACAGUUCUGUCCGGAGCUGCCAGUAAAUUCAACUACAACCAGUCUUUAUUUGUCAGGAUGGAAAAGAACUAUAAACCUCAUUUAUUGGACGUUCAAUAUCGUAUGCAUCCUAGUAUUAGUGCAUUCCCAUCCUUAGAAUUCUACCAUGGAAGGUUGAAGGAUGGCCCUAAUAUGGACAGUAUAAAUAAAAGACCAUGGCAUGAUAUACAACCUUUUGGUCCCUACAAAUUUUUUGAUAUUGUUACUGGUAAACAUCAACAAAAUUUAAAAACUAUGUCAUAUGUCAACUAUGAUGAGUGUCAAGUUUCCAUUGAAAUGGUAAAUCGAUUAUUAUCUACCUAUGAAAGGAACUUUGACUUUUCAGGUAAAAUUGGUAUUAUUUCGCCCUAUAGUGAACAAGUUCAAAUUAUGAGGAAAGCAUUUAGGAACUACUUUGGUGGAACAAUUUUCAAAUACAUUGACUUUAACACCAUCGAUGGUUUUCAGGGUCAGGAAAAAGAUAUCAUCAUCAUUUCAUGUGUGCGUGCAGAUGAGACGAAAACUGGUGUUGGUUUCUUAAAGGACUUCAGGCGUAUGAAUGUUGCAUUAACAAGAGCUAAAACAAGUUUAUGGAUUUUGGGCCAUCAGAGUUCUUUGUUUAAGAACAAAAUAUGGAAACAUCUAAUUACAAAUGCCAAAGAGAGGGGUUGUUUAGAAAUUGCGUGUCCUGGAUUUCUGGAUACAAAUAAUAAGCACGCCAGGAGUACUUUACAGCGAUUUAAAGACCAUCACGAACACAUUCCUGAUUCUGAUGACUAUGUUCCAGAACUUGAAAAACCUCGGCGUAAGGCGAAACGUAAAGAAUCUUCCAGUACAUCAAAAAAGAUAGUUGACGAUGCUGCAUCAGAUGGCUACGAUCCCCUUGCAGAAUUCAGUAUGGACCACCAAGUAGAAGAAUCUGGAUAUUAUCCUACCAGCUCGGUCACGGAGCAGACGAAUAGUUCUGGAAGCGGCAACAAACGCAGUGAUUCUGAUGAUUCCACGGAACAGCAACAUAAGCGGGUCAAGUUGGGUUCGGCAUCUCGCACUUCCGGCACUAACAAAAAAUCUUCAUUAUUUGGCCCCCCAAGCAACCUUGCAGUGCCAACACCAACAUCAGGUCCACAUAUAUAUGAUGCCAAGAAGCGAAAAUAA